UCAUUCAUGAGCUCCAUGGCGGGAGCUGCCCGAGAGGCCCUGCCAAGCUCCACGCUGAGGCCCAGGUCCAGCUACGCUGUGAGGCUCCUGUAGUCACCCAACACCCGCAGACACUCGAGGAAAGCACUUGCCCUGAACCCAGCCGCACUCUCGGAUGAAUAAAAGAUGCCGGCAAAAGCGAGAAAAGGCUCGGAAACUGAAGACAGGGGUGACGAAGUGGACGAGAGGGAGUCAGAGACGAAAGGAGAGAGCGGGAGCAUCGCCAGAGGAGAGAAAAAGAAGAAGAAACACAAGAGCGAAGGCGAAGAGGGAGGGAAAGUGCGGCAACCUGUGGGCAGCCUGAAGAAAAAGAAGGGAGGAGUAGAAGAAAAAGUUAAAAAGAAGAAAAAGAAAGAAGAAGAAGAUGGACAGGGGGAAGGUUGCAAGGUGAUCAAGGAAGAGGAGAACGUAGGUGAGCAGAACAACAAUGAGCCGGUCAAGAAGGAAAAGCGUAAGACAGAGAAAUCCCCAACUUCAGAAGACAAGGAGCAGGUGAGGAAGGAGAAAGAGAAGAAAAAGAAGAAGAAAGCUGCUGCAAGUGAGGAGGAAGAAGGUGGACAGGAGGAAGAUAUGACCUCCAAAGAGAAGAAGAGCAAAGAAGGAAAGAAGAAGAAGAAAUCCUCAGAGGAAGGAGAUGAAGAUGAACUUGUCCAAGAGGAAGAUGCAGAGGAAGAGGAGGACAAGAAGAAGAAGAAAAAGGAUAAAAAGAAGAAGAAGGGCUCAGAAAGUGACGAGGAGAAGAAGGUAAAAAAAGGCAAGAAGUCGAAAAGCAAACAGUUGGACUAUUCCGAGAUGUACAUGGAGGAGAUUCUGAACUAUCACACAGAGGAUUCGGACGGGUAUGAGGACGAAUACUACCAGAAAAAAGUAUAUGAGGUAGUGACAGUAACAGGUGACGUAAAAGGGGCGGGGACAGAUGCUAAUGUUUUCGUCAGCUUAUAUGGAGAGUUUGGCGUCACUCCAAAGGUUCUGCUGGCCAGCAAGAGCAGAACAGCCUUUGAAAAGAACAAAACAGACGUUUUCCGAAUAAAAACUCACAAUGUUGGGCCAAUACAGAAACUCAGGAUUGAACACGACAACACAGGAAUGAGUGCUGCCUGGUUCCUGGAUCGCGCUGUUCUGAUGGAUAUGAACAGACCCCACCUCAGGUUCUUCUUCGCCUGUAACAGUUGGCUUAGUAGGGAAGAGGGUGACGGGCUCACUUACAGAUACCUGCUGGGCAGCCUCAACCCCCUGGACAUCCGCAAACAAAACAAGUACAUAGCCAGUGUGUUCACAAUGGAUUGCAAAGGCAGUGGAACUGAUGCAGAUGUUUACUUGACCAUCUUUGGAGAGCAUGGAGAUACCGGGGAGAGAAAGCUUGUGAGUGAUGGGAAGGAUAACUUUGAGAGGGGCUGUGAGGACAAGUUCACUAUUGAGUCCCCAAAUCUGGGCAGACUGUUAAGAAUCACCAUCGGACACAACAACAAGGGAUCCUCUGCUGGCUGGGGCUGUGACAAGGUGGUGAUAGAUGAUAUGGGUAAUAAGGAACUUUAUGAGUUUCCUGUGGACGCCUGGUUUGACAUCUCGGAGGGUGACGGCAAAAUCCAGAGAGAUGUGGUCGUUGGAGCCACGCAACCAAUGGCGAUUGUGUAUAACGUCCAGGUGAUGACGGGUGACAUUCGGGGUGCUGGCACUAAUUCGAAGAUCCAUUUGGUGAUGCACGGCCGCAAGGGCAUCAAGAACAGUGGGAAGAUGUUUUUGGAAGGUGGAACGUUUGAGCGAGCGCAGAUCGACAUCUUCAACGUGGAAAUCGUGACCCUGCUGAGUCCUCUAAGCAGAGUGACCAUUGGGCACGACAACGCAGGAAUCAGCUGUGGCUGGUACUGCGAGAAGGUGACGGUCUACUGUCCUUUUACCGGGAUCGAGCAGGUAUUUCCCUGCGGUCGCUGGUUGGAUGAAGAUGAAGGGGACGGCAUGGUGGAGAGAGAACUGUACGAGAUGGUCUCCUUGCGGCAACGCAAACAAAAAAAGCUUCCGUGGUCACUGUGGAUCUUCACGUCUGAUAUGAAAGGAGCAGGCACAGACGCCCAGGUGUUCAUUCAGGUGUACGGCGAGAAAGGCAAAAGCGACAUAAUGAAGCUGGAGAGUAAAUCCGACAGCUUUGAACAGGGCCAGUGCGACAAAUUCUUGAUUGAGCUGUGCGACAUUGGGAAGAUACGGAAGUUAAGAAUCUGGCAUGAGAAAAGAAACCCCUUCUCUGGCUGGCAUCUGGGCAGGGUCACACUGAUGAAACUGAUAAACAGAGAGAAGUAUAACUUUACUUGCAAUCGUUGGCUGGACAUCAAUGAGGACGACCAAGAAAUCAUCAGAGAGCUUCCUGCUACCGGUGUCCAUGUGCCUAAUCCUCUGCUAUUGGUAAAAUAUCGAAUAACGAUCUGCACGGGGACGGUGAAUGGCAGCGGUACGGACGCUAGUGUUUACUUAACCAUCAUCGGGGACCUAGGGGACACAGGAGAGAGGCUCAUGUUUUUGUGCAAAAACACCGUCAACAAGUUUGAAAAGGGCAACGCUGAUGAAUUUAUGGUAGAAGCUGUGUCAUUGGGUACAAUCAGACGGAUUCGGAUUGGUCACGAUGGGCGAGGUGGAGGCUGCGGUUGGUUCCUGGAUAAAGUGUUGAUCAGAGAGGAAGGCCAGCCGGAGGCGUCUUCAGUGGAGUUUCCAUGUCUCAGGUGGUUGGACCGGAAUGAAGAUGAUGGUCAGAUUGUGAGAGAACUGGUGCCCAGUGCAGAUGGCCAACGCUUGUUCAAUGUUAGUUAUCACAUCGCGAUAAAGACAGGCAGCAUUAACGGAGCAAGCUCAGAUUCAAAGGUGUUUGUGAAGCUGUACGGGGAGAAAGGUGACACCGAGAAGAUACUGGUGGUGGUCUCUGAUAACGACCUGGGAAACUAUUUUGAAACUGGACAGACUGACAUCUUCACCGUGGAAACAUAUGACAUUGGCAAGAUAAACCGCCUGCUGAUUGGCCACACCAACGAGGGCUUGCGUGCUGGUUGGUUCCUGGACAGUGUGCUGAUUUGGGUGCCGGUGCACGGGGUGCAGUACAUGUUUCCCAGCCACCGCUGGCUCUGCAAAGACGAAGCUGAUGGCAAAGUGGAGGUCGAGAUUUACCCUAGCGAGACACUCAAUAUCGAGAAAUUGAUUAACUACGAGGUGACAGUCGUGACGGGUGACGUGUUUGCGGCAGGCACCAACGCCAACGUGUUCCUUCAGGUCUACGGUGAAGAGGGUAAGACUGAGGUCAUUCAGCUCAAGAGCCGCUCCAACAACUUUGAGAGAGGAACUACUGAGAUAUUUAAGAUUGAGGCUCUGGAUGUGGGUCUGGUCUAUAAGAUCCGUAUCGGCCAUGAUGGAUCAGGCGUGUGCCCCGGCUGGUUCCUGGAGUCUGUAGAGGUGAAACGGCUUGUCUGGGCAUGGGUGAAACCUGAGAAAAAAGAGGAGGAAAAGAAAGACAAGAAAAAGAAAAAGAAGAAGAAGGAGGAAGAGGAUGAUCCUGGAGAGCUGAAGGAGGUGGUAAAAACGUAUAAUUUUCCCUGUAGCCGCUGGCUCGCCCGGGACGAGGAGGAUGGGGAGAUUUUAGUGGAGUUGAAGGCUGAAGAUUAUGAAGACCUGGAGGAGAACACGUACGAAGUCCACGUGUUUACCGGCACCAUGUGGGGCGCCGGUACAGACGCAAGUGUAUACAUCAACGUCUACGGGGAGAUAGGAGACACUGGAGAGAGAAAACUCCGCAAGUCCAACCACCUCAACAAGUUUGAGCGUGGACAGGAGGACGUGUUCUCCAUCACAGCGAUGGAUCUGGGGCUGCUGAAAAAGCUACGGAUUCGGCAUGACAACAAGCAAGCCAACGCCGCCUGGUACCUGGACCGGGUGGAGAUUGUAGACUCAAAAGAUGAAACAACGUAUUUUUUUCCCUGCCAGCGCUGGUUAGCGGUUGAUGAAGACGAUGGGCAGCUGGCGCGUGAGCUCGUUCCAGUGGACGAGGCCUUCAUGAACAAAGAGGUGGAGAAUGAGGACGGUGUUUCCAUAUCGACCUCCGCACAGCUUGGACUUGAGCAGAAAGCCAUGUCAACCACAUACACCAUGACAAUCAAGACAGGGGAGAAGAAGUAUGGUGGAACUGAUGCCAAUAUUUUUGCCAUCUUAUAUGGGACCAACGAUGACACAGGUGUUAUUAAUCUGAAGGCCUCUAAGAAUCAUAAGAAUAAGUUUGAGGUGGGGAUGAUUGAUGAGUUCACCAUAGAGGCGGUGGAUAUUGGUAAACUCAAAAGAAUCCGCAUCGGACAUGACAACGCCGGUACUUCUCCAGGCUGGUUUCUGGACUGGGUGGAGAUCAAUGCUCCAUCUUUGGGGCAGCUCCUGCGUUUCCCAUGCGGCCGUUGGCUGGACAGAGCAGAGGAUGAUGGAGCCACCUUUAGAGACCUUUACCCUAAUGAGCUGCAGACAGAGCUAUACACACCUUAUGUUCCAUAUGAGAUUAAGGUCUUCACCAGUGAUAUCUUUGCGGCGGGGACGGAUGCUGAUGUUUUCAUCGUCCUCUACGGUCAGAACGGUGUUUGUACAUCUCAGAAAUCCCUCUGUGUCAACAAGAGAGAGCGGCGCAUGUACUUCGAGAGAGCAGCUGAGAAUAUGUUCAUUGUAGAGUUAGAGGAUAUAGGUGACAUAAUUGAGAAGAUCCGGAUUGGUCAUGAUAAUCGUGGUGUUAACGGGGGCUGGCACCUCGACAGGGUGGAGAUCAGAAGACUUCUAAGAAAAGGAAAGGGUUCCGAGACGUGCAUAUUUCCAUGCGACCGUUGGCUGGCGACAUCAGAGGAUGAUGGAGAGACGAUUCGAGAACUCGUCCCCUCUGACAUCAUCAUUGAGAAACUGUCUCGAGACGGAACUCUGAAAGUGAUCGAGACUGAGGUGGAUGACGCAUUGGAGACUCAUACAUACUCAGUGACCGUAAGCACAGGGGACAUGUACGGAGCGGGCACGGAUGCAAACGUCUUCAUCACCAUGUAUGGAGACAUGGGGGACACAGGGGAGCGCAAACUCAGCAAAUCCGAGAACAACAGGAACAAGUUUGAGAGAGGAUCGGUGGACACAUUCAGCAUUGAAGCAGUGGACCUUGGACAUGUGUUUAAGAUCCACAUCCGCCAUGACAACAGCAUGCUGAGCCCCGACUGGUACCUGGACCAGGUAGAAAUCAUCGACACGGAUACAGAUGAGGUGUUUCUCUUCCAGUGCGAGCGCUGGCUCUCUCGCAACAAAGAGGACAAGCGCAUCGACAGAUUCUUCUACGUCAAGGAUUUUGAAGGAGAGAGAGAGACUGCGUUCUGUCCUAUAAAGAAAGUGACAAACCUGGACAGCAACAUGAACAAGAAGAAGAAGAUGAAAGAUGAAGAGGAGGAAGAAGAGGAAGAGCCUUCAGUGAUUCCGUAUCACCUGACGCUGGCGACGGGUUUGGAUCAGGAUGCGGGGACAACCAGUCGUGCCUAUGUCAUCAUUAAGGGACCCAAACAGAAGCACACAGAGCGUCUCUGGCUGGAUACGAAAGGGAAAAACUUUUCUCCGGGAGGACUGGACUACUUCACCUGUUAUGGGACAGAUGUUGGAGAGAUUAAAAAAGUGGAGCUUGGUCAUGAUGGUGCCACUUCAGAAGACUGUUGGCUGGUGGAGGAAAUCGCAGUUGCAGUGCCAACCAAAGGCAUGAUGUACUCGUUCCCAUGCAAGUGCUGGCUGGCCAAAGACCGGGGGGAUGGACUGACCGCUCGAGUCUUCAAUGUGCUGGAUGCUGAAAUUGUUAACAUCUCACGGAAGGUGAUCUAUGAGGUUACCGUGGUGACAGGGGAUGUCCAGCAUGCCGGGACAGACACUCAGAUCUACAUCACAGUGUAUGGAAAGUAUGGCACAUCAGAGGAGAUCCCACUGCCUAAACUAGAGGACAGGUUUGAGCGUGGCCAGACUGACAUAUUUAAUCUGGAGAUAGAGGACAUCGCUCCACUCAGGAAAAUGAGGGUCCGCAUUGAUGGCACUGGAAGCAGACCUGACUGGUACCUGGAUAAGAUCAUUCUGCAUAACCUGGAAUCUGAGGAAGUGGCGAUGUUUACAUACGAUGAUUGGCUGUCUCGGGCGUUCGGACCCAAACACUCACUGGUGUGUGAGAUGCCUGCAGUUAUUGACGAUGAGGAAAUGGUGGAGCUCACCAUCUACACCGUCUCUGUUAAAACCAGCGAUACUUCAGGGGCUGGGACGGACGCUAGGGUGUGGAUGAUCAUUUUCGGGGAGAAUGGAGACACAGGAACGUUUGCUCUGAAGGAAAGCAACAACACCAACAAGUUUGAGCGCAAACAGACCGACACCUUCCGCUUCGAGGACAUCCUCAGCCUCGGGGAGCUCUCCAAAAUACGGGUGUGGCACGACAACACGGGUCCUGCUGCUGGAUGGCAUCUAGAAUAUGUUGACGUACACGAUGACAUCAUGGGCAAGAAGUUCCGCUUCCAGUGUGAUCGCUGGCUGGCCAAGAACGAGGAUGACGGGCAGAUCAUGAGGGAAGUGGCCUGCGCCAACAAUGAAGUGCUGGACUUUGACGAGAAAACCAAGUACGAGGUCAUCACUACGACAGCGGACACAGACGAUGCAGAGACUAAAGAGAAUGCCUGGAUCAUUCUAGAGGGAAAGAAAGCCAGGUCCAAAGAGUUCGUGAUGGAGAACUCCACCAAGAAGAAACGAUUCUUGCGGGGUGCCUCAGAUAGAUUUGAGUUUUCCUCAAAAGAACUUGGAGACAUCGCCAGCAUCUGUCUGGGCCACAGCCCCAAAGAUGGUAAGAAGAGUAAGGUGGAAGCCUACUGGAGAGUAGAGGAAGUGGUCAUCACAGAGAAGGAGCUUGGCAACAAGUACAUCUUUAUGUGCGACUCACUCAUUCCUGUGUCCUCAAAACGAGAGGAGUUUCAGACAUUCGAAUGCACCAAGUUCAUCGAGAGUUUUGCCAGCAAGGCACGUAGCCUGGUGCCUGUCAGGUACGAAAUCGUUGUCAUCACAGGCGAUGUGAAGGGUGCCGGGACGGACGCAAACGUCUUUGUCACCAUAUUUGGCUCCAACGGCGACUCGGGUCGCCGCCAGCUGCGGCAGAAAUUUCGCAACCUGUUUGAGCGCGGCCGGACUGACCGUUUUACCAUAGAGGUUUUGGACGUGGGGGACCUGCUCCGGAUCUGGGUGGAACAUGACAACUCGGGAAUCAGCCCCGGUUGGCUGCUGAGUCGCAUCGAAGUGACAAACACAGCCAACGGAGUGACCACCAUCUUCCUGUGUGGGAAAUGGCUGGAUAAGAACAAAGCGGACGGGAGGAUCAAGAGGGUGCUUUACCCUAAAUACUAAAGCAACAGCAAAUUAAAUCACUGAAAAGCUGCAAAACAUACUGGAAAAACAGAUGUGUUAACAACAGAGUGCUGCGAAUUACUUUUAGAAUUAAACAUUAAUGUGUUCUUUUACUCAACAACAAAAGCCAUAUCGCCCCUCAACUUCCCGUCAGAAUGACUAUGUGUAUGAAACAAUAGAAGCCAUAUUGUCCCCGUUCACUUCCUGUAUCGUAGAACAGUCUGUCAGAAUGAAAGUGUGGAUGGUAUGAACAUUAUAAAGUCUAGUGCCCACUAGACUUCAUGUAUUGUAUUAGAGUCUGAAAAAAUGGCCAUGUGGAUCAUAUGAGUACUAUAAAGGACUCCCUACACUUCCUGUAGCGUAUGAUAGUCUAUCAAAACUGGUGUGUUGAUCAUAUGAACAUUAGAAAGCAUUAUAUAGUGCCCCCUAGACUUCAUAUAGUGUACUACACUCUGUCCUAACGACUGUGAGGACCAUAGGGACAUUAUAACGCAUUAUAUAGUGCCCAUAAAAAAAACUGUAGUCUAUUGCAGUCUGUCCUAACGACUGUGAGGACCAUACGGUGAUUAUAAAGCACUAUAUAGUGCCCCUGAAACUCCCUGUAGUUUAUUACAGUCUGUUAAAAUGACUAUGUGAAUCAUACAGCUCUUAUAAAGCGUUAUAUAGUGCCCCCUAUACUUCCUAAAUUGAAUUACAGCCAGUCAGAAUUACAGUGUAAAUUAUGGAAGCAUUAUAAAGCAUUAUAUAAUGCCCUCAGGACUUCCUGUAGUCUAUUACAGUCUAAUUGACUGUCUGCAUGAUAGGAACAUAUUAAAGCAUUAAAUAGUGUCCAAAUUAUAUAAACAUUUUAAGACAUUAUAUAGUGCCCCCUGGACUCACUGUAGUUUAUUACAGCCUCUCAGAAUUACAGUGUUAGGAGCAUUAUUAAGUAUACUGUAUUUUUAGCACUAUGAGUCACAUCAGAUUAUUAGGCGCACAGUCAAUAAAUGCACCAGAUUAUAAGGUGCAUUUUAAGCGGCACUUGUUAGGAACAGAGGUGUCACCUGUUUCCCUUCUAAUUCAGCAGGUCUCGCUGGUGGGGGCGAGACCUGUGAAGCUAAACUAAGUAAACAAAACUGUCAUUCUAAAAAAAAAAAAAAAAAAUCAAGUAAAACCAGCACUGAAUAUUAAUCACACAGAUUUCUCUCCUGAAAACUGUUUAUUUGGGUUAGUAAAGUGCUUCUGUUUAUGUACAGGAAGCUUAGAUUUACAGACUUUCACUAAGGCUAGAGCUUUAACUGCUAAUGCCGCCCGACAGUGCUACACUGAGGAACCCUGAGUGUUCUGGUAAACCAGGGCAAUAUCAGCUAGCGGUUCAUGUAGCUUGUUUUAAUACAGUAAAUGCACAGGCUACAGACUGAUAAUACUCACUUCUGAGUGGCCAAUUGGCUAGCAAGGUUAGCAGGUAAUGCUUAUACUGCUCCAACAGUGCUAUCAGGGGUUAGAAGCAAGCUACAGGCUGAUAAUACUCACCACUGAACGGCCGAAUGGCUAGCGCUUAGUGGGUAAUGCUAAUACUGGAAGAGAAGUAAACUAAAAGUCCUUUAUAACACAGGUGUUUUUAAUGCUACUUACAACUUGCCUAAUAAAAUUCAUUUAUAAGGUGCACCGUAUUAUAAAGUGCACUGAUGAUUUUUGGAAGAAAAAAAAAAGUUAUUUUAAGUGUACCUUAUAGUGUGGAAAAUACGGUAGUCUAUUAGAGUAUGUCUUAAUAACCAUGUAGAUCAUAUGAUCAUUAUAAAAGAUUACAUAGUGCCCCCUAGACUCCCUGUAAUUUGUUACAGUUAGUCCAAUUGAAUGUAUGGAUAUAUGAACAGCUUAUACAAUUAUAUAGUGCCCCCUAGACCUCAUGAACUGUGUUAGUCAGAUGUGGAUUAUGUGAACAUUAUUAGUCAUUAUAGUGCAUCUCCUAUGCAUCCUGUGAAGUAAUACAUGUAUUGUAUUACAACUUGAUUUAAAUGAUAUUAACAUUGCAGAGCACUGAGAAGCCAUAUUGCCCCUACAGUUAGAAUGAUUAAAUAUAUCAUAUGAAUAUGUCAACGUUGAACAAUCCCUUCCAGAAGUGUAUGAAUGUUUAUUCUCACAACUCGACACAAAAUGUGUCAAAAUGGCCAUAACGAAAAGUGUGUUGUUAAUCUUUUUUAUUUUUUGGAGCGUAAAUCUGCAGUUCUGAUGGAACUGUGGCAUUGCUUGCUGAUGUGUUUUGGACGUGUGGAAACAGUAACCCGUCAUGUGGACCAACUGCCUGGAGUUUCAAACACAGACACACCAAACACACUUAUCUGAACAGAUGAACUUAGCUGCACUUGAGCUGAGGAACCGUGACUACCUUGUUCAUAAUCACUUCAUCACAAAGACUUCUCAUCAGAGGCAGUGGCUACAGCUAGUGCACCUCAGGGAUUGACUGUGUUUAUUUAUCACAGCGUCGACAUCUAACCUUAUAUGAGCUUACGUGCCUUCAAGGACUAAAUAAGACCUUUUUUAAAAAUAAAAUGUUGCCUUUUUUAAACAUGAA